GUAUCGAGCGCGUCUAUUUCGGUUUGGCGGGAGUCUAGGGGGUGUGGUGCCAGCUUUUAACCACGCUCCCAACACUUCAGUCUAAGUGCUCUAUUUAGAUGUUGUGUUCUCGUUUGCUUCUAGUACUACACUACCAGGACGAUCAAAAUUGUGACAACAACCAAAACAGUGACAACUCGGCCAGUGUCAAGUGCCAGGAUAUGUGCUACUGUUAACUCUGCUCUGUCAGGCCACAACACACUCAUGUACCAUGGAGAAUAUCCUGAGUCGUACAAGCCGAGGAGACCCAUGACAGCGGCCGGUGUUGCUAGGCCCCUGACAAGGUCCAGCACUGCCAUGGUAUUGUCACGAUCGGAAUAUCCCCAUUCCAUUAUUAAAGAGAGCGUUGUAAGCACGCGAGCGGUUCGCCAAGUAAGGGACAGAGAACCUCGUCGCGUCAGGUUCGACUUGCCGGAGCGGCGCCCUUCGGUGACCGCCUCCACGGCCCAGCACAGCACCCGCUACUUGCGAGGCACCCUGGCCGGCGCCGCCCCCGCCGCCCCCGUGCCACCACUGCUCGCCCAGGCCCGGGACAGCGAUGAAGACGCGCUCAGAGACACCCUGCGUCGUGCCGCUGUCAGCCCACUACCAGAGUCUGUCCUCAACUUCGCUGACUCCAGUGGUAGGACAGCUCUGAGCUACCUCGCCUCCAAUGGACCGGUGUCACUUUUGGAGGCUCUCCUGUCGCUGGAAGGAGUGGACGUCAACAAACCAGACAAUGAGGGCAACACUCCCCUACACUUUGCUGCACAAGCAGGCCAAGUGGAAUCAGUCAAUUAUCUGCUGAGCCGGUGUUCUGGGAUAGAAGUGGAUGCCCGGAAUCACCUUGGCUUCACCCCUUUGAUGAAGGCUGCUAUUCAAGGCAGGACAAAAUGUGCCAAGCUACUCUUAUUUGCAGGAGCCUCACCCACAAUGAGAGACACAGGCCGUGGUUUGCGAGCAGAGCAAUGGGCACGAUUCUGUGGCCGCUAUGUCUGUGCUGACGUGAUAGAAAAGCUCUCACGCCAUCGCCUUUUGGAGCGGACGACGGCGUACGGGCGUUGGGGCAGUGAGCCAGAGUUGGGCCCUCAUGUGGUGCAAGGACGGCUGCAGCCUCCUGCCAUCUCUGUAGCCAACCAACAACCUGCCGGGAUCAAGUCCAGGCUGAAGAAAGCAUUCCGCACAGCGUCCUCGCCCUCCCAUUCGUUCUCGUUGGUGACUCAGCUGACAACUGCUGCACUGUGCGCCUCCACUCCCGUCCUCCCUGACCCCAACCGUGUACCCCCUGUUGUCAAAUCCCUAAUCCGGCCCCUGGCUGUGCCCAAGCUACAGGUCACUCCUGAUGACACCUUACCUAUACAGCCUCCUCUCACCACCAAGCAAUUGUGACACAGGGGGCACAAGAGUCGUAGGAAGAGACACGACUUCCCUCCCCUUCCUGGACGUGGCUGCCUUGUCUGAUGUUGUGGUGGCUGUUCCAUUCAAUUUUACAGCUCUUUCUACUCUUAAUCGGGCAUAAGACUCUGAGUAAACUUUUCUUUUAAGUGUAAUAUCAUACAAAUUACAAUAUAUAGAAAUGAUUAUCUCAUGCUAUUUUCCAAGAGCAACUACAAUACAACUUUUCUGCAUUAAUGUAAAAGUGUUAUCUGUCUCUCUCAGCCAAGUAACAAUAUAUUUACUUGAUUUCAAUAUAAAUAUAUUUGAUCUGCACACAAACAGUUGUUUCAAUGAUUUUUUAAAACUUAUUCUACAUGAAUUCAAAUUACUUUAAUCCCAGCCUGUACAUAUUAACAAGUUAUUAUAGAUAUUUUACAAAUAUACUGAAUAUGUUUCAAUAUUUCAACUCACAACAACCAUUUCCAAAGUCUCAGUGACUCAUCUUAAUGUAAAAACUAUACUGUAGUAAACGUUAAAGCUUAAAUUGGUAUAAUUAAUGCUUGUGUGUGACAAGAAUAAUUGUCGAGAUAAAGAUAUAAAGUUACAAAUAGCAUGGUAUUAUGUUUUAACUGAAUGAAAAAUUAAACUUGAACACAUCAAUAUUGAAAGUUUACGGUUCAAAACAAAAUCUUGUAAAAUAUUUCUUAGUAAGCUAUAUAAAUAUUAAAACUACAAGAUUAAAGACUGUUUUUGAAUUGUGAUUUAAAAUGUAUUAUUAUAUUAUUUUUAUUACAAGAAGGCAUUACAAUAUCUCGAUUAUUUAUGUCAAAAUUAUUUUACACAUUUUUGGACUAUUUGAUUUAUAAUCAGAAUUUAUCCAAACAACAGACCUUCAUUGUUUUACACACUACACAUUUUACAUUAUUUUCGAAAGGGUGUUUGGUGGUAAAUAUCACUUAUUUAUCACAACUAACUUAAACACACAUUAUUGCUCUGCCUUUGGCACCUUCAACUACUAAUGCCACCCAAAAUAUGAGCCUACAUAUUUAGAUUUUUUAAAGCAAGAACCAAACUCUAUAAGCUAAGAACUUGUUAUAGCUUUGUUACAAUUCAGUGUUAAUGUAUGUAUGCGGAAUAGUUUUAGUGUUUAAUAUGUAAAGUUUGAGUACCAUCUUCCUCAAUUUGUAAUGUUUCUAUAAAUUAUGAAGUGUAUUGUACAUUUUUAUUAAAAUAAACAAUAUUUUAUGUACAGAAAA